AUGGCGGCAGCAGUGGCGGCGGCGGCGGCCGCGGUGAAGUCAGUGGCGCCGGCGGCGGGUCCUAUCGCGUCUUUGGCGGAGCGGCGCCGUGGGCGGUUGCGGGUCGGGCGUAGCGCUGGUGGGAGGCUGGUGGGAGGGGGCGGGGGCGGCGGGGAAGGGAGCACCGCAGCCGCCGCGGACGAGGGCCGAGCGUGUGCGAGGUUCAGUCCACAAGCAGCCGACCACGCGCCCAGCGGCUCCGGGGCACCACUACGGGCGGAGACAGCAGGACUUCUCGCGACUGCACUUCCCGACGUUGGAGAGCCUCUCCAGAGGGCCAUGACUUCCGCGCGCGCGCUCGUGGCGCUCCUAGCGGCGACGGCGGCGCUCCUGGCGCCCGCGGCGCGAGCCUUCCCCGACGGCGCGCCCGUGGACGCGUGCGUGAAGGAGCGGCCUAACCAGCCCUACCACGGACAGGCGCGCCCGCAGCCGCCGCAGACCAACCCCUACAGCUUCGUCGCCACCGACUCCUACUACCAGCCGGGCUCCAAGAUUGCAGUGACGGUGGACGGCGGGCCCUACAACGCCACCUUCCGCGGCUUCUUCCUGCAAGCGCGCGACGCUGCGAGCAACGCGUGGGUGGGCGCCUGGGACCCCACGCCGGGCACCAGCCCGCUGCCCGAGUGCGCCGCCAUCACGCACGGCGACAACCGCGACAAGCUGCAGGCGACGCUCGUGUGGUCGGCGCCGCCCGACGCGCCGCCCGGCCAAGUCUACUUCACUGGAGCCGUCGUGAAAAAAUACGAUGAAUUCUGGAUCGACAUGGUCGCCAACGUCCUGCAGCACUAAGUGCACUGAACACAAGAUUAAUGUGUGUGUUUCAAACUUCAAAGACUAUGAAAUGACGUAUUUUAAGAAAGGUUCAUCCAGUUAUCCAAUACAUAAUGUCGCAAUUAUUAUGAAUAAUAUGUCUUUAGAAUAAUUUGUUUUUCGAAAUUUGGUGUAUAAAAUUGCUCUCACAGGUGCUAUGAAGGCUUUAAGAAACGC